AUGGAGCAAGAAUCAUUGGGUGGCAGUCGCUACUUACUUCUGAUUGUGGAUGAAUCAAGUGGAUGCAUGAAAGGUAUUUGCCUAAAGGCCAAGUCGGACUCUGAAGAAUGCAUCACAAGCUACAUCUUGAAAGUGCAGACACAGUUUGGUAAGCGUGUUAAAUUCGUCCGUCAUGAUGGAGCUCGUGAGUUUGCGAGUAACUCGCUAAAGCAAUGUUACGAUGAUCAAGAUAUCGAGCAGCAAGCAACAGUACCAUAUGCACAUCAGACAAACGGAACUGCAGAACGAGCAAUCCGGACCAUCGUUACAAUUGGACGUAGCAUGCUACACCACGCGAAGCUGAACAAGUGUUUUUGGGGCGAAGCAGCUAUGGUGGCAAUCUACAUCAAGAACCGCCUUCAAUCACCCAAGGUAAAGAACAAAAUACCGUUUGAGAUUGUUUAUGGGUCCAAGCCAAGUGUCAAGCAUAUGCGUGUCUUUGGAUGUCGGGCCUAUGUCCUAACUCCUAAGGAAAAACGACAGAAAUGGGAUCCUAAGGCUCGAUCUGGUGUGUUCGUUGGAUAUGAAGAGUUGUCGAAGGCAUACCGCAUCUAUGACAUUGGAGCGGGACAAGUGGUGAUAAGUCGGGAUGUGAAUUUCGACGAGUCAAGCUUCGGGUUUUCAGCGGCUAGCUAUUCCGAUGACGAAGACGAUGAGUUUGGAAUUUUUGAUCUUGAUUCACUUGACAUCAUGAAAUCAGCGCCCCCAUCGGAUUUCAGGCUAACAAGGAGGCGGAAAAAGCGAUCAGCUACAAGAGAUGCGAACCGCAUGUCACAAAGCCAUCACCAUCAGCAUCAAAGGGCUAGUUUAGUAGAAACAAGCGCACCCGAAGAUCUCUACGAACGGCGUACCAGAUAUCGACCUAUGCAAAAGAAAGAACGCGUUUCAACGGAAGAAGAAGAAAAAGACGCGCAACUGCACAGCGACAGUGAUUCUAUACCUGCGUUUUGGCGUGUAAGUGCUAAUGCGGUGGAAGCUUCUGACUUGUCCGAACGACUUGUGUUCCAAGAUGCGAUCAAUGGCUAUGAUCAAAUCCACUGGCGCAAGGCCAUUAAUGUAGAGGUUGACUCGAUGCAACAUUAA